AAUUUCAAACAAACAGCUUCAUCACCGGAUCUUGAUCUUUGACUCCAUUAGCUCUUCUUCUUCUUCUUCUUAUUCUACUACUACUUCUCCUUCCUCCUCUGGAUCUCUGCAAAGUCUCAGCUAAGUCCCGAGAAGAACAGAAAAACAAUGCAGCGCAGCAAUGGCAGAAGGCAGCAGCUCCCUCGAAACGUUGACGACAAGGUCUUCUCCAGGCAGCUGACGAAAGAGUCCUCGGCCGCCAACACCUCCUCCCGCAUAUUCUACUAUGGCGGUGCAGCCGGCUCUGUUCCCUUCCGGUGGGAGUCCAGCCCUGGAACCCCGAAGCACCCCUCGUCCUCCUGCACAUCCCUCAUCCCUUCCCUCACUCCUCCCCCUUCCUACCAUGCGAAAAUCUUGAGUACAACUCCAGACUCCGGGUGGAGAAGCAAGCCAAAGGUCGUAAGGGCGAUCCUCUCAAAGCUCAGCAUGCUGCCUGCUUCCCCGAGGCGGUCCUGCCACAUUUCCCCUGCGUCCUCGGUAUCCUCCUCCUCUUCCUCAUCCUCUUCCAUAUGGUCAUUAUCGUCUCCCUCGAGGCUUCGUCGUGGCGGCCAGGGUGAGAACUUGUCAUGGAAGAGAUUUCCUCUCAAGUUCGAGCUGGAAGACAAUGAGAUGGAGGUUGUCAACAGGCACCAGGAGGAGGAAGACGAGCUGGAUGAAUAUUUCAGGCCUCCGUCUCCGACUUCUACAUUGAGUUUUCGCACCAGGAGGAGCAACUCGACCAGUACCGGAAGUCGGUUUCGAGGGUGCUACCCGGUGAAGAGUGUGCGCAACAGGCUCUUCUCCAUCAUAGGGCACCAAGGCAGUGUAUAGCGGCCUUACCAAGUUCGAGUUUACAAGGGAGAUGGAUUACUCGUAUGCGAUCAAGACGGUUUGAUAAUCCUUAAUAUGUGUUCCUAUAUUCCCGUGAUAUUUAGGCCAUGUUACAUGUGAUCAAUGCAAGUCACUGAUUGAAACGUCUAUUUCAAUGAAUGUUCACCUUGUUAUCCCCCUCUCA